AUGGACGGGGCCGAGAUGGAAGGGCCGCUCUUUUUGCAGAGUCAGCGCUUCGGGACCAAGAGGUGGAGGAAGACCUGGGCUGUGCUCUACCCUGCCAGCCCCCACGGCGUGGCUCGUCUCGAGUUUUUUGACCACAAGGGCUCGGGCUCUGGGGGUGGCCGCGGGAGCUCGCGCCGCCUGGACUGCAAGGUGAUCCGCUUGGCGGAGUGUGUCAGCGUGGCCCCUGUGGCCUUGGAGAGCCCCCCAGAGCCCGGCGCCGCAGCCUUCCGCUUGGACACUGCGCAGCGCUCCCACCUGCUGGCCGCAGACGCGCAAUCCAGUGCCGCCUGGGUGCAAACGCUGUGCCGAAAUGCCUUUCCGAAAGGCAGCUGGUCUCUUACACCUGCUGAGAACCCACCCAAACUUUCUUCGUUGGAGAUGCUGGAGAACUCGCUGUAUAGCCCCACUUGGGAAGGAGCCCAGUUCUGGGUAACCGUGCAGAGGACGGAGGCUGCUGAGCGUUGUGGCCUGCAUGGCUCCUAUGUGCUGAGGGCGGAGACUGAGAGGCUGACUCUUCUGACAGUGGCGACCCAGAGUCAGAGACUGGAGCCCCUCCUUUCCUGGCCCUACACCCUAUUGCGUCGUUAUGGCCGUGACAAGGUCAUGUUCUCUUUUGAGGCCGGCCGCCGCUGCCCUUCUGGCCCCGGAACAUUCACCUUCCAGACAGCACAGGGAAAUGACAUCUUUCAGGCAGUUGAGACUGCUAUCCACCGGCAGAAGGCUCAGGCGAAGGCUCAGGCAAAGGCCGGUCAGGGGCAUGAUGUCGUGAGAGCAGAGUCCCAUGAAGGAGAGGUAGCAGAAGGGAUGCUUGCUUUUCCUUGUGGCCCCCAGGAGCUCCUGGGCGGCCCCCCAGCCCUGUAUGCUGAACCAUUAGACUCUCUGCGCAUCCCUCCAGGCCCUCCCCGGGACUCUCUAUAUUCAGACCCCGUGGACAGCACCCCUGAUCGAACAAGAGGGGUGAAGCAGUUGAAGAAACCUCUCUACUGGGACUUGUAUGAGCAUGUACAGGAGCAGUUACUGAAGGCCAACCUGAAGGACCCCAAAGAGGAUCCUAUCUAUGAUGAACCUGAGGGCUUGGCCCCAGCCCCUCUCAGAAGCCUUUAUGACCUGCCUCAGGAACCCAAGGAUGCAUGGUGGUGCCAGGCUCGGGUGAAGGAAGAAGGCUAUGAGCUUCCUUACAACCCAGCUACUGACGACUAUGCUGUGCCCCCCUCCCGGAGCACAAAGCCUCUCCUAGCUCCCAAGCCACAAGGUCUGGUGCUCCUUGAACCGGGUACUGAAACUGGCAGUGGCAGCAAAGGCCACAGCUCAGACACUGUCCUGUAUAGCCAAGUUCAGAAGAGUGGGGCCUCAGGGAGCUGGGACAGUGGUGGUCUCUAG